CUUGACACAAUUAUCGCUGGGUGCUGCAUAAACAUUCCAAUUGAUUUUGACGGUAGAGCGCGAAAUUGUGAAGAAAAGCCUAGGGAGGGAGACAUUUCAUUGGCCAGUCAGAACAGCAUGUUUCGCUAGUCCCAGCCAAUCAGCUAUCAUGUCCACUUCAACCCUACAGCAGCGACUCAUGAAACGCAGGAAGGACCUACGCGAGUCUAUGACACCAACCAUGGACCUAGAGAUGGUGCAGUCUACCAGUAGGAAUGGGACUGUGACGCUUGAAAAUGAUGGAGUGGAGGAGAUGGAGACUAUUGUGGAUCCCAUGGAGGAGAUCCGAGAAGCGGAGAAUCUUGUGGAGAAGCUGACAUCAAAUCGGGAGAAGAAACUGAAAGAGUUGUCUACUGCCUUGGAACAGCCUGUUGACGACAGCAAGCCCCCUGCCAAAGCCCCCAGAAGGAAAGUCAAGCGCUUGGCUCCCGAGAGGGAGAUAGAGACCGCCCCAGAGCAGCUUGGGAGCCUAGCGGAUGAGGCAGGGCAGCCGGAGGAUGAGUCAGUCGAGGAAGGAGCGGGGAAGAAGAAGAAAAGCAAGGCCAGGAAGGAUAGCAAAGAGCCCAUGAGUAUGGAGGAAGCGGUGAUAGCUGCUCAAACAGGAGUGGUCAUGCCAGAGCCCUCCAAGAACCUGAAUGCCUCCAUCAGGGAACGAAUUAGGAUGAAGGUCAUGAAAACUAAGGAGAAAGCAGAGGAAACGAUGAGAGAGGAAGUUGCCAAGGACCCAGAGAAAGACCUGCCCUCACGUCUGCUUCGAGGCCUAAGGGCCCGGGACAUGGCCACCAGAUUUGACGAUCCCUCAUUUCUGACCAAAGAGGAAGAAGAGGAGGACAAGGUACUCCAGCAGUCACUGGCAGCCAAGAGCAAGUGGAAGGCGGCCUUCAAGGCUAUUAAGGCCCAGCAAUCGAUACUUCCCUCUGAGGAUGAAAUCUAUGAUUUCUUCACCCGCAACUUCGACCCAGAACCUGAAGAGCUGCCAAAAAUGUCGGAAGAGGAUGACAUCCCUCCUGAGGACCGACCGGGCCCCAGCGCAGCCCCUGAGGGAACAGAAGAACCUGAGGAAGCCCCUACUGGCAAACCAACAGCAAAGGGUCAAAAGCCACCUACAGGGUCCAAGGACAAGAAGGAAGGGGAGGAAAAGCCGCUACUGUCGGAAUUCUUCCUGGACCGGGACAACUGGAAGGAUUUCCCGACGGAGAUGAAGGGCCCAGAAUUCGUCCUGUUGAGGGACCGGGAAGACCUGGAGAAGGGGUAUUACUUUAUUCCAAGUGUUGCCGCAAUUCCCGUUGAAGAGAAGAUUGCCGGAGAGACGGAGCCUCGCUACCUAGAGGACGAGGGAUUCUAUGUUGGCAUCAGGCCCGAGAUAUCCAUACGCAACCAGAACGUGAUGGAGCAUCGACUUCUGAAUCGUCCUGAUAAGGGUAAAUGUUGGUUUGGUGACGACGGCCGCAUCAAGGUUUUGCCAGACCCCCUGAAGGAGACACCUACCAGGCCCAAAGUCCUCAGCAACGAAGAGCGGGAUCCCUGGCUACAGACGGUCUACAAAAAGGCCGUGACGACUGAAUUCGACCACCGCUACAUCGACGGCCUGGGUGACAGUCUCCUGUCUCAAUACCAGCUGGACAUUGACGUCAACAUGCUGGCCUUCACCCACCAUUCCCUCUUCAGCAAGGAGCACGUCUUGGCCUCCAAGCUGCAGCAGAUGUACAACCAGUUCUUGAAGACCAAACAGAAAAGCACGGCGCAGUACCUGACGGAAAAGCUUCAAGCGCUGAAGCUAGCCGUGCAUAACCUGGAGAACCAGCUGGCGGUCCUGAAGUCACGCAAGCUGGACCCGGAAGCCACCGUCGUUGACCAGAGCUCGCAGAGAAUGAUGGACUACAAGAACGAAAUGAGGGAUGUAAGACGAUUGCGAGAUAAUCAACUGCUUCACGAUCGUCAGCUGCUGCGCCACAUCCUGAAGGUCUGGAAAGAAGUGAAGGCGUUGCGCGAGGAGCAGGGUUACACCAACACCCCUGUCAAACUCAGCAUCCACAAGGAGGAAAGUGACAAGGCUGGGGACCAAGAGGAGUGGACGGCAGCCCUGGAGGAGGAGGUGGGAGAGAUGAGGCUGGAGUACGAGGAGGACCACCGUGGGGAGAUGCAACGAUACCGGACCCAGCUGGCUGCCUGGAAGGAGCAGAACAAGCUCAAGAAAGGAAAGAAGAAAAAGAGACGUCGGGGAUCGCAAGAAAAUCUGACCGAGCAGGAGGAGAACCAGGCGGAGGAAGGAAAUGUUGACGGCGACGAGAUUCCUAAACCAGUCAAACCCGACUACGCGUUCAAUGAAGAAGAAGCGAGGGCCAAGGUGAUGGAGAAGAUGUACAAGUGUAGACGGCGACCAGGCGAGCCAAUCAUCACACCGGAGCUGAACAACACCGCUGUCAUCACGCCCACCCACGAGUGCCCCAAGGCCGAGCAGUCGCGCCGGUCCGACUUGCAAAAGUGCAAGUGCUUUGUUAAAGUUCUCUUCAACCAGAAGGAGGUUUCCAGAACGUCAACCAAAUCUCUGACGUCAGAGUUUACAAUUCAUUUUGGAGAGAUUUUCAACAUUCAGAUCGUUCAGUGGCCCGAAAGCGUGAUUCUACAGGUGUUUGAGACGGGAGCUUUCAGUAGCGCCCUCUUAGCCGAGAUCUACUUGGCCGUCCCGGAGACCCAAGUCACCGCAGACAGGGUUCAUCUGGAGGAAUUUGAGUUCAGCAGCGAUCAGCGCGUAGCAUUCGAUCACAGCGCAGUGGGAAGCGGUGUCUCCUUUCAGCUCGGUGCCGGAGAUUCAGCUCAGCAGUUGACACUGCUAACGUCGGGGGUUCUGAUGUCCAGUGUGGCGUGGGGGUUGGGGGAGGACGACACACCCCUCGUCCCACCUGCCAAUCAGAACACAAACGCAUUGAGUGCUGUGAAGCAUCUGGAUGCUGUGGCAGCCAUCGGAGCUACUGGGAUGAUUGACCCGGAGAGGCUGGCCAAGUGGGUGGCAGAGGCUCGACUGGACCCCAACGAUCCCGCCAACGCCAACCUGCUCUACCUCAUGAAGGAUGCCAGAGCAGAGGAUGGCCAGGGAUACCGGGUGCCAGACUUCUUCCGGCUGGAGCAGCUCCAGGCGGAGUUCAACUUCACGACGGACGAGGAGCUGGCCGCCCUGAAGCGGCUGCAGCUGAUUGAGCUGCGGCAGAAGGAAGCGCCGGAAUUCCGCAACUACAAGAUGAUCCCCCUCCUGGAAAAGGAGAUACCGGAUACGCUGAUUGCCGAAUAUGAGAAACGGAAGAAGAAGGAAGAAGAGGGGAUUGUUGAAGAAGACAUGGACCCACACAGAGUAGCUGUCGCUAAAUUCCUCGGAAAGGUACGAGAGCGAGUCAUUGCUCGAUUCAGGGCAGCCCAGCACCAGUAUUCACUGCACGACGUUGUCAAUGAAGAACAGGUGCCAGACAUCAGCAUGCUGGGGGGCACGCUGGUCAAACUGUUUGAGCCGCGGCGUCCACUCCGGCCGCAGCGGAAGGAGAGGAAGACGGUGACGGCGCAGAACUUGUCCGGGCUGGACGUCCGGCUCCUGGUCAACAUCGAGCGGGCCGUAGACAUCCCAGUGAGAGCGGGCACCGGAAGACAAGGAAGGUCGGGUCAAGCAUCCUCCGCACCUCAGGUCCGGCCAUUUGUGGAAGUGACGUUUCAGCAGACCGUUCAGAGAACCAGCGUGACGGAGGGACCCAACCCCAACUGGAAUGAAGAACUCAGACUUCCAUUUGUGGCGCCUAACGAUGACUACUCCUCGGCAAACCUUCAGACCGUCAAAGACACAAUUUACGUCCACCUGUUUGACGAGGUGGUGACGGACCUGCUGGAAGACGACCGCGACCGGGGCACCAACAUCCACCAGCGGAUGGAGAGGAGGUGGCUGGGUAGCAUCUCCAUGCCUUUCACCACUGUCUACUUCCAGGGCAGGGUUAGCGGGACAUUCCGCAUGGAAGCACCCAUGGUCCUCUUGGGCUACGAUCGCAGUGCGGAGAAUGUCAACCCCGGGUCGGCCAAUGCCACUUACCUCACCCUUUUUAUUACCAUCGAGCCGCCGUUGACGUCUCCCGAGAAGCUGAAAGAAAAAUUUGAUUCCAACGAGGACGAGAAACUUCUUGCCUAUGCAGAGAAAUACCAGACUGAGUCCCUGGCCAAAUUCCCCAAGCGCGAGCUGUUGACUACCGUCAUGGACAUCAAUGGCAAAGCGGUCUUCAUUACGCGCUACUUCCGGCCGAUUAAACCGCCGGAUGACGUGAUAGGUGACAACACGGGUGUCAAGGCCGCCGAGAGAGUUGCCCGCUUCGUGGCCUUGAUACCUUUUGUCUCUGACAGCGUUGUCUACCCAGGCCUCUGUGACAUCUGGAGCACAUGUGAUCAAUUCCUCCAGAUGCUGCAAGGAGACGAGGAGGAGCACGCCGUCCUCCUCUGCAACUACCUGCUGCACCUGGGCCGCAAGGCGUGGCUGAUCAGCGGGUCCGCCAUCCCCGAAGGGCCCACCACCUACGUCCUGACCCGGGAGGACGUCGGGGGAGGGGAUUACUGGAUCUGGAACCCCUCCACAGGGGAGCACUACUCCCAGUUUGACAGCUUCUGUCCCCUGAAGUCAGUCGGGUGCCUGGUGAACCAAGAAAAUAUUUGGUUCAAUACCCAGACACAUGUGGAACCCCUCCGUAUCGACUUUGACAUCAGCAAAGCCAAGCUGUGGAAACCCUUCUUCGGUCGCAGCUACCCCAACCCAGGCCUGUCCAGCGUCCAGCCAACGGAACUGAGUUACUACAGAACAGACAGAGAUCAUGUUGCAGAUCUACAGGAUAAGAUCGAGAAGAAACUCCGGGAUUGCAUCAUGGCAUGGCGGCCACGCCACAUCACCCGCUGGAACCGUUACUGCACCACGGUGUUCCGGCAAAUCCUGCGUAAGCUGGAGUUCAGUCAAGCUGGCACCAACGAGCACCAGGGGGAACUGCAACAAAUCUUGGAAUCAUACAAUCUGUGUGGGUUCCCACUGCAGAUGUCCUACACCGAGAUGCGCACCGUGGUGGAGAAGGUGCGGAGUACCAAUGUCCAUGCCAACGAGUCGUCUGACGUGGAGUUUGGGCUCGCCGUGCACAUACAUGCCUAUCCAAACAGCGUGCUGUCCGUCUGGGUCUAUCUCGCAUCUAUGACGAGAAAAAGAUAACACCGAACCCUUGAGAGACUAGAAAUCCACCUGCAAAAGUUUCCAAAGUCAAACCUUUUUUUACAAUUGCAAAUCCCACCCUUAACCAUCAACAUGAACAAGGUUUCUUAAACAUGCAUCACCAGUCAACAGCUUGUUCCUCUGGAGUCUAAUCAAAUAAAUGAUUUGAUCAGAAAAAGUUGCACCGCUUCAGAAGAAAGUUACACGCUGGACCACUUUCAGAAACAAGAAGAUGACUUACGAAUCGGCCAAAGGAAAAUUGAUCUUCGGACCAUCUUAAUCUCUCUAAUUUCUUCUGAAGCCACCCGAUAUCGUUGGAGUUUAUCCCAUCUUUUCAGGCACACUUAUCUUGGGGGGGGGAAGGUGUGUGAUCCAAUGCCCCACCCCUGGUCAAAAAAGGGCAUGGCAUUUCCCCAGCCCAAUCUAACCCAUGACGACACUCAUGCUCUCUGUAGAUGUGUGCAAGGUAGAUCCAUAGCAAAU